ACUCUAGUAUUGUGAAUCUGGACUUGUCUGCUUGUGUAUUUCUUUCCGUCCGUGAAUUUUUGGUUUUCAGAGACAGAUUUCUCGUGUUUUAUUUCAUUGUUAUAAGUUCUAUUCCUCUCGGUAAUCUGAUUAAGAAUGUUGUGUUGACAAUACUAAAUCUAAAUCGAAAAAAUCUUAUACGAUUUCCAUAAGAAUUUCCACUUUUUAUGACAUUUUGUUACCGUCCUCAUUACUUCGUUCGUGCAAAUGGAUGAUUCUGUGAUUUCCCCAGGCAAUAAGAUGGCAGAUUCUGCGUCUGAGAGCGAUUCGAGCUCACUUGACGGCGGCGCAAUGCUUCCUCCCAGCACGGUAUCCCGUGAUCAGUUACAGAAAAGAAUUGAAUCUCUGCAACAGCAAAACAGGGUGUUAAAAGUGGAGUUAGAUACAUAUAAACUCCGUGUGAAAGCUCUGCAAGAAGAAAAUCGUGCUUUGCGACAAGCAUCUGUUUCAAUUCAAGCAAAGGCUGAACAGGAGGAAGAGUAUAUCUCCAAUACACUGCUGAAGAAAAUUCAGGCCCUGAAAAAGGAGAAGGAGACUCUAGCCCAUCAUUAUGAGAGAGAAGAAGAGUGUCUCACUAAUGAUCUCUCCAGGAAAUUGAAUCAGUUACGCCAAGAGAAGUGCCGUCUAGAGCAAACCCUAGAGCAGGAACAAGAGUGUCUGGUGAAUAAACUGAUGAGGAAGAUUGAGAAACUUGAAGCUGAGACCCUUGCUAAACAAACCAACCUGGAGAGGCUGCGCAGGGAAAAAGUGGAGUUGGAAAAUACUCUCGAGCAGGAGCAGGAGGCUCUAGUCAACAGGCUUUGGAAACGAAUGGACAAGCUUGAGGCCGAAAAGCGGUCCCUGCAGAUCAGGCUGGACCAGCCCAUCUCUGACCCUGCUAGUCCUAGGGACAUCAGUAAUGGUGACACUGCGUCUAAUCUAAGCAAUCACAUUCAAACUCUGCGCUCUGAGGUUGUAAAACUAAGAAACCAAUUGGCAGUUUCUCAAAACGAAAACAAAGAGAAGAUACAUCGUUUUGCCUUAGAAGAGAAACACAUUCGUGAAGAGAACUUGCGUUUGCAAAGGAAACUUCAGCAGGAGGUGGAGCGUCGUGAAGCACUAUGUCGGCAUCUUUCUGAAAGUGAAUCUUCUUUGGAAAUGGAGGAGGAGAGGCAGUUCAAUGAAGUUUUAAGUGCCCGAUCGCGCAGCGUGUCGUCCCCGGGCGGGUCGCGGCCACUGUCGCCGUACGCGCCGCCCUUGCUGCCCAACGCCGCAGGCUUGGCUCUCUCGCGCCCCGCACUGCAUCUCAAUUCCCAGGCCCGACGAGCGAGCGAGCGGUUCGUGAAGCCGGCGGUGCCGGGCGCUGCGGGCGUGGCGGCGGGCGUGGCGCGCCCGCCCGAGCCCGCGCUGCUGCCGCCCGCGUCCGCGCCGCCGCCGCUGCUGCAGCCCGCCAGCCCCAUGGACACCUCCUCUAAAGACUAGGCGUGUGUAGCGCACGGACGCGACGCACGAGCACUAAACAUUCACGCUCAUUUCAACUCUUGCUCAGUUCUUACUCGCUUCAGCUGACGAUUUUUAUACAAAUCAGACCUGUCACGGAUCUUGAACGCUUACCCGUGGCGUAGAUACCGCCAUAGCAGCAGUAAAAAACUCAACAAAUUUUGAUAGGGGGCCCGUCUAAGGCAAGCUACGUCACUGUCGUGUACCACAUGACAACGAAAUGACUAAUGAAAUCUGACAGACCUAUCCACGCGCAUAAAAUGUCACCAGCAGACCGCAGAAGCUCGACUGCUGCGAGUGAAGGUCAGCGCCCAAGAUUCUGAACUGAAGAUUUGUCCUAAAUGAAGUUAAUUGUAUAAACAUUGUCUAUCUCACUAAUAUAGCUGACGUCGCGGCGAUAUUGCGCUAUUGUACUUGUAAAGAGUACUUGAAGCUCAUAGGAAUGUUUCAAUUUGUAACGAGUUAGUGCUGAGCAGUUAUAUGGGCGAUUUGAUUGUGAUAGUUGUGGUAGAACAUAAUAAAGACAUCUUUAUUACAUUAUAUUAAUAUUAUCAUGCAAUAACAUCACGUAAAGGCAGAUACAUCGGUGUAGCCGAGUUCUUACUUAUCUGCUCAUUUCAACUAACGUGUGACGAAUAUGAAACGAAAAAAAUAUUCUUUAUAAUUAAAGAAUAAUAAUUCACUCCCUUCUAAAUAUUUGUCACUUCCUUUCUUAAGUAGGUCUCUCUCUAUCAACCGUAAAGGAAACGAAGCUAGAUCCACUGCAUGUUUGCAACGAUUUAAUGUAACACUAUCUUCAAACUACGUGUCUUUUUGGGGUCAUGGAUAUUACAACAUUUAUUUAUUUAUCUAAUAAUUAUAACUAUAAGUUACCAUACAGCUACAUAGCCAAGGCGGUAACUUAGACACAUCGUUAUAAACUUAAACUUUAAUACAUAAUGUAUUAUAUUCAUUAGUCGGACCAUCGAAUUAGUGAGAGUAAAAAAGUGUUACUACUUCGACUGCAUUUUCGUAAGUUACUGCUUGGACUUCGGCUAUCGUGCGCCGCAGGUUUUUUGACUCUGGAAUGUCCUGUACACCCCUGACAAACUGUUUUUAUGCGUAUAUGAUGUUCUUAGUCGAACUAGUGAGUCUUCAAUUCUCACUAUUUUGACAGUCGAACUAAUGAAUCGAACUAGAGUGACAAACGCCUAAUUCGAUAUACAUCAUCAUCAUUUAAGAGCCACUCUCUUAUCGGUGUAGCAUUCUCCAUUCUUGUCUAUCGAAGGCCAACUCUCCUAUAUGCAAAUGUCUAUUUGUAUUUAUUUGUUGCAUUCCACAGAUUUGAGGUUAUUAUUAUCAUAGGUUUGCAAUGUCAUAAUAAUACGUCACAAAGUCAUAUCUUGUUUUGUUCUACCACGACAAACAACAUUGCGGUGACCUUCAUAGGCAACCGCUACAAUGAUUGGCUACCAUGCAAUCCUAAUUUUUCAUUGUAUUUAAUGUGUUGAGAUCGUUUAGUCUAGAUAGGCAUGUUUACGUCGGGUACACGUAAUAUAAUUGAAACGUUUAGGCCAAGGCGUCAAAAUCAUGUGAAACUAUUUUAGGUACAACAAACCGAUUGAUACGAAUCACGUAGGUAGCAGUUAUGUUUUACUCGAUUAGUUGUUGCAGCUUGAUCUCAAUACACGUGUUAAUAACUAGGCCCGGCCCGGAUUUAUAAAUUUGUUUGUUUAUUGUUAGAAAUAUUUAAUCCAAUGCUAUGGCCUAUUACGUAUAAGUGCUCGUUCGUCGUAGUCCUCAGAGAACAGGUAUAGUGCACACUGCUCACUGCCCUUCAACUGCACGCUUCCUAGUUUCCGGAGAAAUAUAUCGACCCGGAGUGAACAUCUUAUUUAAAAUUGUUAAGAGGCUGAUGAGUAUGAUUUUCCGACUUCGUAACAAUGUGUAGCUUCCUACGAAGCGUGCGCGCGAGCAACUGAUAUUCCUUUGUUAUAAGGGUCCAUUACUACGUAUAAUUGUUUAGCUAGCUUUGAUUAUGAAUAACUUGAGAUAACGAAGAUAUAUUUGAGUAUAGUGUUCCGUGGCAGUGGGUUUAAUAUUAGGCUGUGUAAAUUCACCUGUAAAUAAAGGUGGUAGAUGAUCGAAGUAAAGAUUGUAAUGUAUUCGAUAUAUAUCACCGAGGAGGCGGUGCCGCCGCCCGCAUAUUGUACUAUAUAUUUGGCGUGUUAAGGAUGAUGUUAUGUUGUGCUCUAAGGGCGAAUUGUUGUGUUCGAUUGAGAAGGGAGCGGGCGGCGUCCUCAGACUCAAUUCAAUUACGCAAAUUUUCACUUAAACAUUUUAUUUUUUUCAAUGUUAUGAUAAAACAAAAAUAUAUGCAUCAAUAUUA